AUGGCAAAACAAAUACAAUCAUUAACAGUUAUGAACGUAAAACUUGAAGAAACUGAACGCGUUGAGAUGGCAACAUUAUUAAAAACUAAAAGUAAUUCAACUGUUGAAGUUUUAUCUGAAUUAAUCGAGGAUCCAUUAACAAAUGAAAACGACAAAGCUAAAUAUAUAUGCAAACGUAUUUAUAUUAAUUACGAGAAGAAAAAUUGGAUUAAUGCCAUUGAAGAUAUUAGUAAGUAUCAACAAAUUACAAAGUCCAAGAAACUUGAAUUAUUAAAAAUGAACUGCUGCAAUGCUGUCAUAAAUCUCGAAUGA